AUGGGUCUCUCCGACUCUGCCAUCAUCGUUAUUGUCCUCGUGGCAUGCUUGUCGGUAACCGCUCUUGGCGCUGCGUUUUUCCGAAGCCGUCAUCCGGUCGAAGACGAGGGCCGGUAUAACACAUCCCAUGAGCAAGGACAGUAUAUGCGCACAGUCCGCAUGAGGAACUACGGGCAUUUGCGACAAGAAUCACUCGGGGCCGCAAAGGAUCUGGAAUCGCGAUAUACCAACGAUGAGUCCUCGGGCUAUUAUCAACCCCACACGCCUGCGGCAUGA